UUACUGGAACAAAGUAGGCAAAGGUAUGAGCUAGAUAUCUUAUUGGUGUCGUAAAACAGCGAAGCUCGACAAGUACUUCCACCUGGUAAUCAUUAUGAACACCUUGGAGAAGAACGGUGAUAAUACCGAUUCUUUGGAUGGCGAGCAGGAUGAGGAAAUCCGUCAAGUACUAAACUCUAUCGAAAGCUUUGAAGAUGUCUGCAAAACGUACAAGUCGCAGAGUGCCCAAGAACUAAGGGCUCAAAACACAAGUGAAAUACCGAAGUCUGAUCAGGAAAAGGUCAAAACGGGGUCCUCGGAAAAUUGCUCUACACCAAAACCAGAAAAAGUAAAUUCUGAGGCAGAUCCUGAUAGCGAUUACACCGGGUUUCUUAAGCAGAUGAGCGUUCGUUACUCAAAAUUUCGCAUAACCUCGGGUCAAGUGAUUCAACAGAAAGGACAAACCAUGGAUUACCGCGACUACAGCUAUAACGAAUAUCCAGUUGGCUUCCCUUCCUGUAGCUGGCAGUCUCCUGACACAAGUGGUCAGGACUUGAAUACUAGAAUUCCCUGUGGGCAAGGACAGGUGGAAUCUCCAUCCUCUUCGACCCAGCAAAUGUCCCAAAACUCCAGUUACUAUAGCUAUGGCCAUUCUCUGUCGGAGGUUAACUCGGGAUCGGAUGAGACCAUUGUAAACAGGCCCAGUGGGCCCACUGUGACUACAGGGGAAAACUCAUGCUGCUCGAAGGACUCUUGCGGCUGUUGCUGUCGGGUUAGAGAUCCUGUCCAACAAACCGGGGGUUGCCACUGCGAUCAGGGAAGUCCUGGCCAGGGACAGCAGCUACUGCCAGUGCCCAUGGGCGUGGAUCCAAGUACAGGAUUUCCCAUCUACUGCUGCUCGAUUCCAGGUAAUUAUCCUGGCCAUCCAACGUACUCCGUGCCAGCCAUGCCAAUGGAUCAGAGCCUUCGAGGAGGCGGUGGCCAACACACUUUGAGUAUGGGGAGCUCAUCAAGGGGCGCUUCAUCUUCUACCGCCGAAAGUUGUCUUCCCAAUGGGGCUGGUGCUUCAUCUAAUCAUGAUCCGAGCAACUUUGAAAUGCAAGACCUCAUGCGAAAGUACCAGAGCAAUGUUGAGCAGUUUUAUGCCUCUGCCCAACAAGGAAUUCAACAGUCCUUUGCCAAUGCUCAAACUCAGCCAUAUUAUAACAGCUUCCGACAGGGUAAUCAAUCAUUUUAUAACAAUCCCAAUGAAGGUUAUCAGCAAAUGUUUGGCAGUUUUAAUACAGGCAAUCCUGCGGGCCCCCCUUACGAGAAUACCCAGCAAGCUUUUAUUUGCCCUCUGGGCGCUCAACAAUAUUAUAACAACCCUAUUCCAGGUUUCCAACAAAACUUCCCCCCAUCGAUGGCAAUGCUUGCCUCCAAUUUCUUUGGAAAUAACACGGGCUUUUUUACUGAUUCACUGCAGGCCCAAACAGUAUAUUCCUCUGAUUACAAACCCUUUGCUAACGAUGGCAACCAUUUCAACCACUUCCCCAAUGGCUUAGACAACGGUGUGACCCCCGAGUCCUGUCCCAUCUGCGGUCCUGCUGGAACCGCUGGCCUGGCUGAGACGGGCACCGGGGGUCAGGUCUAUGCCAUGGGCGGUGCCUGUGAAAUGAACAUGAACUCCUAUCCCCUGAGUCAGAUGAGUUAUUCAAGUCCUUAUAGCUACGAGAUGCCCGAAUCCUCCACAAGCUAUGUUCCAUUAACAAGUAUGGCCGUGGCCAGUCCUCAAAUUCAAACUAGUCAAAUGAGUGGUGGUAACCCAGUGUAUCCUCGCUGAGUAAGACGGAAAGCCUUACUUGUGGAACUGAAAAAUGGUACUAUAAUUGGUAUUGGCUGAAUAAAAUGUUGAAAUAAA